CUGAUUCAAAAUUUCAUAAAUUGUUGUACGAAUUAGUUGUAAAAAUAAAAAUACAACUUUAUACCACAUCCUCUGAACCAAAAAAAAAAAAAAAAAAAAAAUGCGCACCACUCUUUAAUCUCUCUCCAUAUUUACAUAUCAGUACCUCUUCACACUCUCAUCCUCCCUCCCCAACACCACAAUGGUGCUACUGUCUCCUCUUUCCCCACUCUCUCUCCUCUUCAUUUUCUCUCUCCUCCUCCUUGCAUUCACAGAUCCCUGCAGCACCCAAAACACCACCGAUUACCUCAAGUUACCACUCCUCCACAGAACCCUAUUUCCUUCCCCAUCCGAGGCUCUCUCCUCCGACGCUCACCGGCUCUCCGUCCUCUUCUCCGCCCUGCACGGCCGCAAAACCCCCAAACUCCCCCUCAUCUCCGGCGCCUCCACCGGCUCCGGCCAGUACUUCGUCGAUCUCAGCCUCGGCACCCCACCCCAGCGCCUUCUCCUUGUGGCCGACACCGGCAGCGACCUCGUCUGGGUCACCUGCUCCGCUUGCCGCGGCCGCUGCGACAACCACCCACCGGGAUCGGCUUUCCUCGCCCGCCACUCCACCACAUUCUCUCCCCACCACUGUUUCAACUCUCCGUGUCGACUCGUCCCUCACCCCAAGCUUACGCGAUGCAAACACACGCGCCUCCACAGCCCCUGUCGCUAUGAAUACUCCUACGCAGACGGCUCUACAACCGCCGGCUUCUUCUCCCGUGAAACGACGGCGUUCAACACCAGCUCCGGCAGGGUCGUGAAGCACAAAACGCUGUCGUUCGGUUGCGCGUUUUCUGUAUCUGGACCGAGCGUGUCCGGCCCGAGCUUCAACGGAGCGCAUGGUGUAAUGGGCCUGGGCCGCGGGCCCAUCUCGCUGGCUUCCCAAUUGGGCCACCGGUUCGGAAACAAGUUCUCAUAUUGUCUCAUGGACUACACUCUCUCUCCAUCUCCGACGAGCUAUCUCAUGAUCGGCGGCAGCCAAAACGCCGUCGUAAAAGGAAAUUCAAAAUUGAGUUUCACUCCAUUCCAAAUCAACCCUCUCUCUCCAACAUUUUACUAUAUUGGGAUCCAAAGUGUUUCAAUCGACGAUGUGAAAUUACAUAUUAACCCUAUGGUUUGGUCCAUUGAUGAGUUGGGUAAUGGUGGGACUGUCGUGGACUCGGGCACGACCCUGACCUUUUUAGCCGACCCGGCUUACCGUCGGAUCUUAUCUGCUUUCAGACAGCGCGUUAAGCUGCCAAGUCCAGCCGACCCGACACUCGGCUUCGAUCUCUGUGUCAAUGUGUCGGGCGUGUCGAGACCGAGUCUACCCAGACUGAGUUUCAAAUUCGCUGGUGAGUCGGUGUUCAGGCCGCCUCCAAGGAACUACUUUGUGGACACCGCGGAUGGCGUGAAGUGUCUGGCAAUACAGCCCGUGAGCUCGCCUGCUGGGUUCUCGGUGAUCGGCAAUCUGAUGCAACAAGGGUACUUGUUCGAGUUCGAUAAGGAUCGGUCGCGACUCGGGUUUUCGAGGCAUGGUUGUGCUGUACCAUGACUCACUACUGAGUCACGAGCCACGUCCAAAUUUUUACUCCGUCUCAAAAAAGAUAUUCUGUUUGGGAAUUUGGGAAAUCGUGAUUCACAAGUUGAGACGGAUGCAACGGAGGUAGUAUAUUUUUUUUAAAAAUUACAAUGAUUGACCAUUAUUUGAAGUAGUAAUUAUUUGGUGGGCAUUGAUUGUGCGAAAUUGCUCUGUAUUUUUUGGACAUUUGGUAAAACCAAGAAAGAAGCGGCCAAUGUGAACAAAAGAGGAAUAUAGAGAGAGAGUCUGUCUAGUUUGUGUUUGUUUUUUCACGUGAAAGUCCUUUUUUAAAGGUUGAGAUUGAAAUGAUUAUAAUAUAUAUAUAUUCAUGAAAUGGGAAAAUGGGACAUAGGAACAAGUUGGCACUUCCUUUAAUUUCUAAGCAACUUUAUUUGGUAGACCAAAUACAAUUUGAUUGUGCAA